AGGUCAGCAAUUUGGCUUCAUCACACUGAGUUUGCCUGCAUUCAAAGCUGUUUACCUACAGUAAUUUGCUCUGGUUGGAAGUGAACAUGUCUCAAGUUCAAAUUCAGAAUCCUUCUGCUGCCCUUGCAGGGAGUCAAAUAUUGAAUAAAACCCCAUCUCUUGCACAGCCUUUGAGUAUUCCUUCUACUACUAGUUCUUUGCCCUCUGAAAAUGCAGGUAGACCUAUCCAAAACUCUGCUUUACCCUCUGCAUCAGUUACGUCCACCAAUGCAGCUGCAGCUCCUUCAAACAUGGCAAACCCCAAAGAGAAAACCCCAAUGUGUCUUGUGAAUGAGUUAGCCCGUUUCAACAAGAUUCAGCCUGAGUAUAAGCUUUUGAGUGAGCAAGGUCCAGCUCAUUCUAAGGUGUUUACAGUGCAACUGACUCUUGGGGACCAGCACUGGGAAGCUGAAGGAACUAGUAUUAAAAAAGCGCAACAUGCAGCAGCUGCCAAAGCUUUGGAAGGGACAAAAUUCCCUAAGCCUACAGCUCGUCCAUCUCGUAGUGAAGGCAAGAAUCCAGACAGUGUAACCCCCACAGUGGAGUUAAAUGCACUUUGCAUGAAGCUGGGAAAGAAACCUAUGUACAAACCCAUCGAUCCUUACACAGGGAUGAGAUCCACUUACAACUAUACUAUGAGAGGUGGUACUUAUCCUCCACGGUACUUUUACCCGUUUCCUGUUGGCCCCUUACUUUAUCAAGUUGAGCUUUCGAUCGGAGGGCAGCAGUUUCAUGGGAAAGGAAGAACAAGACAAGCUGCUAAGCACGAUGCAGCUGCUAAAGCACUGAAAGUUCUGCAGAACGAGCCCUUGCCUGAGAAACCAGAGGUUAACGGAAAAGAACCAGAUGAUGAAAAUCUCAAUAAAUCUGAAAUAAGCCAAGUUUUUGAGAUUGCACUUAAAAGGAACUUGCCUGUGAAUUUUGAGUUUUUCCCUCUGAAACAGGUGACUAAGGAAAGUGGUCCUCCCCAUAUGAAAAGCUUUGUAACCAAGGUGUCAGUUGGAGAAUUCAUGGGUGAAGGUGAAGGAAAGAGCAAGAAGAUCUCAAAGAAAAAUGCUGCAAUAGCAGUCCUAGAAGAACUGAAAAAAUUGCCACCUCUUCCUACAGUUGAGAAAAUGAAGCCACGAAUCAAAAAGAAAACAAAAUCAAUAGUGAAGCUGCAAACAAGUCCAGAAUAUGGUCAAGGAAUGAAUCCCAUUAGCAGACUUGCCCAGAUACAGCAGGCAAAGAAAGAGAAGGAACCAGAGUACAUGCUCAUCACAGAACGCGGUCUGCCGAGGCGCAGGGAGUUUGUCAUGCAGGUGAAAGUUGGUGUACACACAGCUGAAGGAAUGGGCACGAACAAAAAAGUUGCUAAACGCAAUGCAGCUGAAAAUAUGUUGGAACUUUUAGGUUUCAAAGUCCCUCAAACUCAACCUCCAAAGCCAGCAUUAAAGACAGAAGAGAAGACACCAGUGAAGAAACCAGGUGAUGGAAGAAAAGUAACCUUCUUUGAGCCAGGCUCUGAAGAGACUUCAACUAGUAAUAAAGAAGAUGAGUUUAGGAUGCCUUAUCUCAGCCAUCAACAGCUUCCUGCUGGAAUUCUUCCCAUGGUCCCUGAGGUUGCACAAGCUGUAGGAGCCAAUCAAGGACACCACACCAAAGAUUUCAAUAGGGCAGCCCCAAACCCUGCCAAGGCUACAGUAACAGCAAUGAUUGCUAGAGAGCUGUUGUAUGGUGGUACUUCUCCUACUGCUGAGACCAUAUUAAAGAAUAACAACUCAUCAGGCCACGUACCCCACGGACCACUUACUAGGCCCUCUGAGCAGCUGGACUUUCUUUCCAAUGUUCAAGGAAUCCAGGUUGAAUAUAAAGACUUUCCAAAAAAUAACAAGAACGAGUUUGUAUCUCUUAUAAACUGUUCCUCUCAGCCACCACUGAUCAGCCAUGGAAUUGGAAAGGAUGUAGAGUCUUGCCACGAUAUGGCUGCAUUGAAUAUUUUAAAGUUGCUGUCUGAGUUGGACCAACAAACCACAGAGAUGCCAAGAACAGGAAAUGGACCAAUGUCUGUAUGUGUGAAACAAGAAAUGGAAAGUGACCCUCUUCUCAAACCGGCUAACUCAAACACUUUGGGACAAACACUGGACAGCACUGCCUAAAAAAGGCUUUUGACUGGACCCAAACCUGAAAGCACCAGAGAAAAUCAAAUGCUUCCUAUUAAAUGUAACCUAACUGUUUUAGAGUGCUACAGUCUUUACAACCUACUGUAGUGUCUAAAUCAUAACCGUUGCUUUUUCUUCAGUGAUAAAUUUUUAGUUUCAUUAUGUUGUUUUGAUUGAAAUGACACUAUAAAUUUUUCAUUUAAAAGUUUCUUAAUUGUAUCUAGAACAAUAGCACAGUUUAGAAACUUUGUCUUCUGAGACUGACAUGUUAUCCGUGAACUAACUUGGGAAGAUCAUAUCCGUGUAUGUGGUUAUUUUGUUUUUAUUGAAAUAGCAAAGUUUCACUGGAAACAAAUUGUGUGCCCACCGUUUUAAAAAGUCCAGUAUUUUCACAAAGCUAGAUUAAUUAUCCAACGGUUGAAUGAAUUAAAACACUUUAGGAAUUUUAAACUUUGUUUGAUCAUUUUUGGUUAAUUUCUAGUUUUCUUGAGCGGGGGGUAGGGGAACUCGAACGCAACAUGACUUUAAAUGAUCUCUGAUCUAUGUUUUAAGGAUUGUGUGUUGUAGAUGGCACACAGCUCACUACAUUACAGGAUAUGAUCUCAAUGUAGUGCAUUUAAAACUGCAGAUUGAUUUUCCUUGAGUGCUUUAUACUGUUUAAUUACAUCUCCAUGUAGGGCUGAAAAAAAUUACCUAUGUUUAUAUAUAAACUGUGUUGCUUUUGAUGUUGUGUUAUUGCGCACUGAACUGUGUGCAAUAAAGUUUUUUGCAUAUGGUCCAGGUAAAGCACGAUAGCCUUGCAAGUUAAGUACUGCUUCAGUUCAUUGUUUACGCUGGAAUUUUUUCUCCCCAUGGAAUGUAAGUAAAACGUAGUGUUUGUCACCAAUAAAUGGUAAUACUAAA